AUGUAUUUUUUAUUAAAUAUCAUUCUUCUAAUCUUCAUAGACAAAAUUUAUACGGUUACUUUACUUCAUGAUUUUGAUUAUCCUCUCAAUGAAAAUAAAACAAGAAUGUGUAAUUAAUCAAACUCCUUAUCUUACCCAAUUACUUUUCAAGAAUACGAUAGAAUACCUUAAGUAAUUUUUAAUGUUUGGUAACUCAAUAUGACCAGGGAUGAAAAUGAAGUACAAGCCUGUGUUUCAUAGAUUGAAAAUGAAUGUAAAAAAUUAAAUAUUUUUUGAAUAGCAUUUUUUGUAAAUAUUGCCUGCCCGAAAUCAGGAAAUGUGGAAAUGCUUCAAUUUAAAUGGUUUGCAAUUGAUGACUAAAGAAUAUAAGUAAUAAAUUGUUAUAACAUGACUGAAAUUAAAAUAAAAACUUUUUAACACAACAACCCUAAUACAUUAUCAGGAUAUGUCUCUAUAACAAGUAUUGGUUUUAAAGGAAAAGUAGAUUUUUAUCUCAAAGUAUUUUCAAAUUGAUAUUUAGAUUUUAUAAUUAAAUACAACCUCUGUGACUGUAGAUAUUUUAGGUAAUUAUGAAAAUGUUACCUAAUUGGGAUAUCAAAUCAUUUUAGGAGUAGAUGGAUCCUUUAAAAAAUUAAAUGAUUCCUACUUCUCUAAUUAAUUUACAAGCGAAAAUUACAAACUUGAAUCCAAUUAUUCUCUUGCUAAUUGUUUUUAUGGAUUUAACUUUACCAACACCUAAAAUUUUGAUUUCUUGAGUUCAAUACAAGAGAAUCAAACAAAUAAUUCAUUCAGUUACAGCAUUCAACCAAGUAUUAAUAAUAGAUAAUAUAAUUUAGGAGGAGGUGGAAGCCAUAACAGUGUUUUUUUAAUAGUGUAAUAAAUUUAAACAACUUACUCGCCCCUUUAGUUUUAGAAGCUAUCCAUCAAAUAAUUUGAAUAGGUUCCUUAGAAGGAAGCACAGAUUAUUAUAUCUUAUUAAUAAGGAGAUUAUAUUUUUUCAAAUAUUGUAGGACAUCAUAUAUUUGUUGAUAAGGAAUUUGAUAAAAUUUAAAUAUUGACAUAAAUAAAUUGUGAAUAGCGCCAAUCAAUCAGAAGCACUUUCAAUAAAUUUAAGAAAUCAGUAAUACAAAAGUCAUUACAUCUGACUCAUUACUGUGACCCAAACAAAAAGUAAAUCAACUUUGAAUUGGUUUUAAAAAAUACUGAUAAGUCCAAUACGGAAUUAGUAGUUAAUAUUUCAAAGAUGAAUCAAUCAGUGUCACAAAUAAUCUAUAAUUAAGUAAAAGAAGAAUAUAUAUUAUAUGAAAUAUUUAGAUGA